AUGAUGCAUUCAGAGGCCUUUGAUGUAAUCCCCUUUGAGGACAUCAAGGGUGACUGGAAGAAGCUCGGGUCGGGGUCCUUUGGCAACGUCUACAAAGGGAACUAUCUUGGCAUUGAUGUGGCCAUCAAGGAGGUCUUGCCGUCGAAUGACUAUGAUGUUGCCAAAUACUUCGAGCGCGAGUGGAGGCUUAUGAAAGAGGCUCGCCACCCGAACGUCGUCCUCUACCUUGGGUUAUCUCAGGCCCCCGAUGGCCGCAUCUUCAUCAUCUCCGAGUUCAUCGAGGGCGGUAACCUCCGGCUUUACAUUCACGAUAAAUCCAAGCCGUUUCCUUGGAGACUUCGGUUGUCCUUUGCAACCGAUAUCGCUCGUGCUCUUGCAUACCUUCAUGCCCGCAAAUGCAUUCACCGCGAUCUCAAGGGCGAGAACCUACUUGUCACAACCAAUGGCCGCCUGAAGAUCACCGACUUCGGUUUCGCUCGUAUUGCUGCUCGGAAUGCGGACGAGCUCAAGCGGCUCACUUUCUGUGGUACCGACUCGUAUAUGUCUCCGGAGAUCCUCACAGGCACCGAAUUUGAUCUUCCUACCGACAUAUUCUCUCUCGGCGUGAUAUUCUGCGAAAUUGCAUCCCGUAAACUUGCUGACGACCAUACCUUUCGUCGUGCCCCACCCGACUUUGUUGUUGAUCCCGAUGAAGUACGACGACUUGCUAGCCCUAGUUGUCCGCCGGCUUUCAUCGCGUUGGCCCUCAAUUGCCUUGCGCAAGACCCGACAGCGCGACCUGGGACACGCCUGAUCCUGGAAAAGCUAAGGGAGAUCGAGGCGGAAGUACUCUCACGUCCAUCCGACAUAGAGGACAUGCACUUGGGUACAGUCAAGUUCAUGACCGGUGCGGCGCGUCGACCUGGUGCGGCUCCGCGAAUUCCUAGCUUCGGCAUGGGUGUUGGGAGAGACAUUCGCGACGCUGGAGGGCACACAAUGACGGAGGGACAUUCGAGCGACGAGGUGGACGACAGUGACGAGGAGCUGAUGCAGGCUGUCGAACGUCUGAGCAGCGUUGAUCUAAAUAGUGUUCGGAGUGAUGCGACGUCCGGUCAACGAGGCGAUAGUGCGCGGCCUUUGAUCGAGAGCACAUCCAGCACGCAUUCUGAAUACAGCACCACGGUUAUACGAUCCCAUUCCUUGAAUGCGGAGUCCUCUGCGCCGUCGCUCUCUUCCAUCCUCACCGUUCGACCGUCACCAGCUGCAGACCCCCCUCCUUCAGGCGCAAACGAAGUCACUCCUGCUGAAUCGCUGCUCUCCAUUGAAUCAUACUACACGGCUACCGCGUCUUCGCUAGCGGAAUUGUCUAUAGCCGCAGCAACGGAAGGUGGCUCCACCAUCCGCAGUUCGAAUCUGCCGCUCGUGCAUCGUUUCUCGCUUCUCAAACCAGGCGCGAAGCGCACAAGUGCGAACGGGAGCAGAAGUCGGAGCGCAUCGCCUCCGAGUGGGGACAUGUUAUGGAAUCGCAACCCGCUCGAGUUUAUUUUCUCGAGCACUCUUCUGGCCGCCAAGUGCGACGUGUGUAGCAAGCGCCUUGGUUGGAAACCCGUGCUCGAGUGUGACGACUGUGGUCUACGGGCGCAUGUCAAGUGUGGCGAGAACGCCCCAAUGGACUGCGGCAUUCGCCCGCCUCGACCUGGCGUGCACCAUAACACUGCUCCGCUAUCCAACCCUCCUUCACCCGCGACCAAAGCAAAGCCAAACGGAAAGACUGCCUCGCCCAAGUAGAUGCUUUGGCGACAAAUUUUACUGUUCUUCUUGACGAAUUUCACGACGCUCACGACCUCAUAGCAAUCAGUCAUAUCGAUCUUCAGACCCUUUCUUUCGCCUCACUAUAGCGUCCACGUAGUCGCAUCUGUCAAUCAUACCAUUGCAGUGUUCAUGUAGCCUGUAGUGUCAUCCACGGACUCGGCAUAAGUUAACCCCGUUGUCGCAUUUUUGGAACAGUUAUAUGUUAUAGUUGAAGCUCGCCGCUGAGUACCAUGUAAUCAUGGGUUCUGAUGUAAUCGAUCCUUACUUUAACAAUCA